AUGGAGACUCCUGCAGAAGAUCAAGCACCCGUUGUACAUUUGUCACGGCAAGAAAUGGAUACUCCCAUGACGGAUCGGGAGGGAACUGUACAAUUGACACGAAGGGAAUUACAACAAAUGAUGGAAGAAGCGGGGAGGAAGGCCUUGGUAGCCUAUGAGAGAAGAACGACAACUCCUUUAGAAAGGGAAAUCGCGGGAAAGAGGUUGUUUCAGGAAAGAGUCGAGGUGCAAGACAAUGAAGGAAUGAGUAGACCGGGGGCGAAUAGAAAGGGCCCGCAGCCCUCUGAUGUGGGAUCUAGUAGCAGGGCUUUAAGUCAUCCCAGAGGGCUAGUCAUAUCUCGAGCUGAAGUAGAUAAUGUCAGUAAGCAGAUAGCCCAGCUAGGAAAGCAAAUAGAUGAACUCAAGAAGAGAGGAGAAAUAGUAGCUCACAAUCGUAAUUCGCCAUUUGCUAACCGUAUACUUAUAGAACUGGUCAACCCGAGCUUUAGGAUGCCCGACCUCCCAAAGUAUGAUGGAACUCGGGAUCCACAAGAGCAUCUAGCUGCUUUCGAUAUGGUAAUGAACUUGUAUGGACAGUCGAGCUCCAUAAUCGCCAAGUUGUUUGUUACCACGCUAACAGGAAAGGCCCAAGAAUGGUUUACGAACUUGCCCCCAGGCAGCAUAGAUUCGUAUGAGCAACUAGCACAAAAAUUUGCAUUCCACUUUGCGAGCAAGAGAAAACAGAAGAGAUCAGCUACACAUUUAUUUACCAUUCGACAGGGGGAAAAUGAAAGUCUGAAAAAUUUUAUGGGACGUUUUAAUAAUGAAACGUUGGAGGUGCAGGAUCUUAGGAUAGACAUGAUGACCAGUAUCCUAAUCCAUGGAUUGAAGAAAGGAGUUUUUGCAUCGGCUCUGGCACGGGACCCGCCAAUAGAUGCAGAGCAGUUGAUGGCCAUGGCGCAAAAAUACAUUGAUGAAGAGGAGAUGAAUGCAAUGAAGGAUGAGAAGUGGAGAGUUACAUCAGAACGAGCAAGAGAUAGGAGAUUCACCAGAGAUCGUGAUGUGCGACCAAAAAAGGAGAAAGAAAGGGAACCACCUUAUCAGCCGAAAUAUAGCAGGUAUACUCCUUUAAAUAUGACUAGGGCAAAAGCACUCAUGCUGGUGGAAAAAGAUAAAGUUUUGAUGUGGCCGAAGCAUACGAGGGUUACUCCAGCCAAAAGACAUUCGAAUAAGUAUUGUCGGUUUCAUCGAGAAAGAGGGCAUGAUACGGAGGAGUGCUAUCAAUUGAAAGAUGAGAUAGAGCGACUAGUGCGACAAGGGUAUUUCAGGAGACAGAACCCCCAUAGCUUUGAAGAAAGGAGACGAAAUUGGAGGGGCAGAUCAAGCAGUAGGGAUCGUAGGUCAAAUUGGGCAGAGGAACGAAGGAACCAGACAGUGGCGGAGAACGCGCCUGUGAAAGGCAUUAUCGACACUAUUGCAAGAGGAUCAGAGGGAUGGUCGAGAAGAGCUAGGAGGAGAUUCGAAAGAGAGACUAGGUGGGAGCGACGUAAGCAAGGGGUGCAUAUAACGAGCAACCCCGAGAUCGUGUUUGGAGAUCAAGAUGCAGGAACCAGGGUCGUGACAGAUAAUGAUCCCAUGGUGAUACGAAUGGACAUAGCAAACUUUACGGUCCAUAAGGUUCUGAUAGACAAUGGGAGUUCAGCAGAUAUAAUAUUUAAGGAAGUAUUGAAUAAGAUGGGGCUUGAUAAUAUAAGGCUGGAGCCAGUAAAUAUUCCCCUGGUAGGGUUCGGAGGAAGCGAGGUCGCAUCACUGGGGACGGUGAACUUACCUGUCUCUUUGGGAGAAGAGCCGAAACGCAAAACAUUGAUGGUAAAAUUUUUAGUUGUUGAUAUGCCUUUUGCUUACAAUGUUAUCCUGGGGAGACCUGGGCUUAAUUCUUUCAGGGCAGUAGUAUCAACAUAUCACCUCAAGAUGAAGUUCCCUACUCUAUCCGGGAUAGGGGAGGUCGUGUGCGAUCAGAUUGAAGCCAAAAGGUGUUAUAAUCUCUCUCUGGGCAAGAGUGAGAAAAAUGAAAAGAGAAAACUUCAAUGUGGGAAGAAAGAAGAUUGGCAGGCACUGAAAGCGGGGAGAAUAGAACCUGUUGAUCAUAAAGAGGUGGAGUUGAUACAAGGAGACCCGACCAAGGUCACCAAAAUAGGCACCAACUUGGGACAGUUCGAGGGAAUCAUGAUUACUUUCUUAAGAAGUAACGUGGAUAUGUUUGCAUGGGAUCCGUCAGAUUUUCGGGGUAUAAACCCGGAGGUGAUAGUACACAGGCUAAACGUGGACCCAUCCAUGCGACCUGUCCAACAGAAGAAACGAACUUUCGGAGGCGAGAAAAAUGCGAUCAUUGAGGGAGAGGUAAAUAAAUUACUUAAAGCGGGUUAUGUAUCUGAGGUUCAAUAUACGGAUUGGUUGGCUAAUGUGGUCGUGGUACCGAAGCCGGGGGGUAAGUGGAGAAUGUGUACAGACUUUACGGAUCUCAAUAAAGCAUGUCCGAAAGACCCUUACCCACUACCUAGGAUUGAUGUCCUAGUCGAUUCGACGGCCGGAUAUAGGACAUUUUCCAUGAUGGACGCGUAUCAGGGAUACCAUCAGAUUUUUAGGGCACCAGAAGAUCGAAUAAAAACCUCCUUUGUAACUGACCGUGGGAUUUAUUGUUAUAAUGUUAUGCCUUUUGGAUUGAAAAAUGCAGGGGCAACAUAUCAAAGGUUGGUGAACAAGAUGUUUGCUCGGCAGAUAGGGAAAACCAUGGAGGUAUAUGUGGACGACAUGUUGGUUAAAAGUCAACAACCAGAUGAACAUUUGGAGCAUUUGAAGGUAGCUUUUACGAUCAUGAGAGAACAUGGGAUGAAGCUUAAUCCUAGCAAGUGUACAUUCGGAGUAGGCGGGGGCAAAUUUCUUGGAUACAUGGUCAGCGAACGUGGGAUUGAAGCUAAUCCAGAGAAGAUAGAGGCCAUACUGAAUCUGAAGUCGCCUACAUCUAUCAAGGAAGUUCAAAAGUUAACAGGUAGAAUUGCUUCUCUUAAUCGCUUUAUUUCUAGGUCUGCAGAUCGCAAUUUACAUUUCUUUAAAAUACUGAGGAAAGUGAAAGGAUUCAAUUGGACCGAGGAAUGCGAGCAAGCUUUUCAAGAGUUAAAGAUUUAUCUGAGAUCGCCGCCUCUUUUGGCGAACCCUAGAGAGGGGGAUGUAUUAUAUCUUUAUCUGGCUGUUUCUGAUAAUGCGGUUAGUUCGGUAUUGAUAAAAGAAGAGGGAAAGGUUCAGAACCCGGUGUACUAUGUAAGUAAGAUGUUGCAAGGAGCAGAAACUAGAUACGCGGAGAUCGAAAAAUUAGCGUUGGCGGUGGUGGUGACGGCCAGGAAGCUAAGGCCGUAUUUUCAGUCGCAUCGGAUAGUGAUAAGAACUAAUCAUCCACUCCGAAACAUUCUUACCCGACCAGAGGCUUCAGGUAGAAUGAUAAAGUGGGCGGUCGAAUUGGGGGAGUUCGACAUCACCUAUCAGGGUCGAACAGCAGAGAAAGCUCAGGUUUUGGUUGAUUUCAUGGUGGAGAUAUCCGGUACUCAAAAAGAUGUAGAAACAUGGAUGUUACAUGUGGAUGGAUCCUCCAAUGCCAACAAUGGUGGAGCAGGAAUACUGAUCGAAGGACCAGCAGGCAUGGAGAUUGAGGUCGCCGCUCGGCUGUCUUUUCCUGUUACAAAUAAUGAAGCCGAGUACGAAGCUUUACUCUUGGGUUUGGAGCUAGCACUAGAAGCGGGAGCGCAGAUUCUUGAAGUAUACACUGACUCGCAACUAAUCGCUAUGCAGGUUGAUGGAGUAUAUGAAACUAAAGAAAGAUCUAUGACAGAUUAUUUGAAGAAAGCAAAAGAGUGGAUGCAGAAAUUUUCCAAGUGCACUGUUCGACAAAUUCCCAGGAAUGAGAAUGAAAGAGCCGAUGCGUUAUCAAAGUUAGGGGCUACGCUGGUAGGAAUAAAGGACAGAAAAAUCACAGUGAUCGUGAAGGAACGAUCAGCGAUCUCAGAAGGGAUAGAAACCAAUAUGGUAACUUCAAGAUGUCUGUGGAUAGAAGACAUAGCAGCAUACUUGAGGGAGGGGAUUUUGCCUACUGAUGCCGGACAUGCUAGACGCAUCAAGUUUAAAGCUCCAAGGUUUGCCCUAGUAGGGACACAAUUAUAUAAAAGAACAGUCGAGGGACCCCUCCUCAAAUGCUUAGAAGACGCACAAGCCAGGUAUGUUCUACAAGAAAUUCAUGAAGGUAACUGUGGAAAUCAUUCGGGGGCCAGAUCCUUAGCUCAGAAAGUAACCCGACAGGGAUACUUUUGGCCCACACUAAUGAAGGAUUGCAAGGAGUUUGUACGAAGAUGUGAGAAGUGCCAGAAAUUUGCCUCACAGAUUCACACUCAGGCGGUCCCGAUGAUCCCUGUUCCAAUUACAUGUCCAUUCGACCAGUGGGGUAUAGACAUAAUAGGACCGUUUCCUCCAGCUCGAGCUCAGAAGAAGUUUGUCAUAGUUGCGGUGGAAUACUUCUCGAAAUGGGUGGAGGCAGAAGCUGUCUCAAAAAUCACGGAAGGAGAAGCAAUAAACUUUAUAUGGAAAAACAUAAUCUGUAGGUUUGGAAUACCUGGGGUGUUGAUAUCCGAUAAUGGGACCCAAUUUCAAGGAAGAAAAAUAAUUGCGUGGUUGCACGAGCUGAAGAUACAGCAAAAUUUCACGGCAGUAGGCCAUCCCCAAUCGAAUGGUCAGACGGAGGUCACAAAUAGAACUAUAUUACAACAUCUGAAAGCCAGGUUGAGUUCGAAAGCAGAAUGGAGCGAUGAGCUCCCAGGAGUACUAUGGGCCUAUAGAACAACUCCUCGAACCUCAACAGGUGAGACUCCUUUUUCUUUAGUUUAUGGUUUUGAAGCUGUAAUUCCUGCAGAGAUAGGAGAAGAAUCGCAAAGGAUCAUAAACUUCGAUCCAGAAAGGAAUGGAGAACAACGAGCAUUUGACCUAGACAUAUUGGAAGAGAAAAGAGAGGCAGCGCGAAUAAGGAUGUUACACCAUAAAAGUCUAAUGCUGAGAGGUCAUAAUAAGAACUUGAAGCCCAGGUCGUUACAGGUGGGGGACCUGGUAUGGAGAAAAGUGGAGGUCUCGAAGCAUGUAGGAAAACUCGAUCCCAACUGGGAGGGGCCUUUCAAAGUGGUUGAGAUCGUCGGGAAAGGCACAUACAAGUUACAGGAUGCUCAAGGCAAGGAGUUACCCCGACCAUGGAAUAUUCAAAACCUCAAGCGAUUUUAUGUUUAA